AUGCCGUAUACACCGUCUGGCUUUUUCUGCGACCGGUUGAUCCGGGAGAGAGAGCGCAGGGACGGAGAGGGAUCUUUGAGCAAGCCUCUGCGCUUCAGCGGGCAGGACUUCACCCUCCUCAAGCAGGAGUGCAUCCAGAAGAAGGGCCUGUUCGAGGAUGACACUUUCCCCGCCUCCGUGGAAUCUCUGGGAUACAAAGAGCUGGGCCACAAGUCCAACAAGGUCAAGAACAUCGUCUGGAAGAGACCCAAGGAAAUUUGUGACAACCCCCAAUUCAUCGUUGGAGGAGCCAGCAGAACAGAUAUUUGCCAAGGAGACCUGGGUGACUGCUGGCUGUUGGCUGCCAUUGCUUGUCUGACACUCUAUGAAAAGCUGCUUUACAGAGUAGUCCCACAAGACCAGAGCUUCGGCGAUACCUAUGCCGGAAUCUUCCAUUUCCAGUUCUGGCGGUAUGGCGAUUGGGUGGAUGUUGUCAUCGAUGACCGCAUCCCCACCUUCAAUGGUCAGCUGGUGUUCACCAAGUCUGCCGAAAGGAAUGAGUUCUGGAGUGCUCUCUUGGAGAAAGCCUAUGCCAAGCUGCAUGGCUCCUAUGAGGCUCUCAAAGGAGGAAACACCACAGAGGCCAUGGAGGACUUCACCGGAGGAGUGACGGAGUUCUACGAGCUGAAGGAGGCGCCUAAGGAGCUGUACAAGAUCAUGAAGAAGGCUCUGGAGAGAGGCUCCCUCAUGGGCUGCUCCAUCGACUCCCUGGUUCCCGCUCGCUUUGAAACACGCACAGUGACAGGACUUGUCAAAGGACAUGCUUACUCUGUGACAGCUGUUGAGGAGUGCAAGGCGUCUCAGCACAAGGAGUCCAAAGUACGCCUGGUGCGUCUCCGCAACCCUUGGGGUCAGGUGGAGUGGAACGGGCCUUGGAGUGACAACUCUAAGGAGUGGACCACCCUCUCUAAGGGUGAGAAGGAGAAACUUCAGCAUCAGAAUGCUGAGGACGGAGAAUUCUGGAUGUCAUUUGAGGAUUUCAAGAAGAAUUACACCAAGAUUGAGAUCUGCAAUCUCACCCCGGAUGCUCUGGAGGACGACAAGAUCCACAAGUGGACCGUGUCCGUGAACGAGGGCCGCUGGGUGAGAGGGUGCUCGGCCGGUGGCUGCAGGAACUACCCAGAUACUUUCUGGACCAAUCCCCAGUACCGCCUGCGACUCUUGGAAGAGGACGACGACCCCGAGGACAAUGAGAUGGCCUGCUCGUUCGUUGUGGCCUUGAUGCAGAAGAACCGUCGAAAAGAACGCAAGAUGGGCGCUAACUUGUUCACCAUAGGAUUUGCCAUCUAUGAGGUGCCAAAGGAGAUGCAUGGAAAUAAGCAGCACAUGCAGAAGGAGUUUUUCCUGUUCAACUCCUCGAAGGCUCGCUGCAAGUCUUACAUCAACCUGCGGGAGGUGACCCAGCGCUUCCGUCUGAGCCCAGGGGAGUACGUCAUCAUCCCCUCCACCUACGAGCCCCACCAGGAGGGCGAGUUCAUCCUCCGCGUCUUCUCGGAAAAAAGGAACACCUCUGAGGAGAUAGAGAACAGGAUCGAGGCUGACCAUCCAGUGCCUGCCCCAGCCUCCGCAGGCGAGGAGAGCGAGGAGGACCAACAGUUCCGGACCAUCUUCCAGCAAAUUGCGGGGGAUGAGAUGGAGAUCUCAGCCAAUGAGCUGAAGAAUGUCCUGAACAGGGUUGUUUCCAAACAUAAAGAGAUGAACACAGAGGGCUUUAGUUUGGAGAGCUGCAGGAGCAUGAUUGCCCUCAUGGACAUGGAUGGGACAGGCAGACUUAACCUCCAGGAGUUUAGGCACCUGUGGAACAAAAUUAAGCAAUGGCAGGGAAUCUUUAAGCACUAUGACAGUGAGCAGACUGGAGGCAUCAACAGUUAUGAGAUGAGAAAUGCUGUGAAUGACGCAGGCUUCCGUCUCAACAACCAGCUGUACGACAUCAUCACCAUGCGCUAUGCCAACGAGAACAUGAACAUCGACUUUGACAGCUUUGUUAGCUGUCUGGUGCGGCUGGAGGGCAUGUUCAGGGCAUUCCAGGCCUUUGACCAGGACGGAGACGGCACCAUCAGGCUCAGCGUUCUUGAGUGGCUCCAGCUGACCAUGUAUGCUUAGGCUGGCCCCCCCCCGGCGAGCCCCCGGGUAUCGAGGUGAGCCACAUCUCCUCUCUGCAAGGACCAGACAAUGACCUGCCUUUACCUCAACACUCAAAUGUGCCAGUCAAGCUCCGCAGGACAACAUCCCUGCACCACACAGUACCUCUGUGUCUUCUGUGUCGAGCAUCCUCUAGUCUCCCCCCCCCUUCUCAGCAUGUACCACCGCUCCUUCAUUCAGUCACUCACUCACUCACUCAUCUCCCUCGACUCUCUUUGGGGGUCUCCCUCUGUAGUAGUACCCCUCUCACCACCCAUUCAUUCAUUCAUUUAUUUAUUGUUUAUUUCUCAGGCACACCACGCACAUAUAACCUCUAUUUUUUUUUCUGUCACAAUAACAUACCUCACCUCAACAUACCACCCCUCUUACUUCCCCCCCAAAUAGUCUUACACAUCCCGUGGGAACUUGCUUGACACCUUUUCACCAAAGCUAGACUCCACAACUCUUACACCCAUAUAUUGUUAUUUUAGUUUUCUUUUGGUGUCUAAACCCUCAGGCCCACUUGGUCUCCACAAGAUCCACUCUCUGUGUGUCCUUAAGGAACAUGGGUGCAGCAGUUAUUCCACGCAGGCUAGUGUAUCCAUCGCAUUAUUCUUGUGGGAGUGAUGUCUUCAUUGUCAACAUAUCCAGCAGUUUUGAACUUUCUCCCACUACUGUAAGUGGAUGACAUGCAAAGGUAUAGUGACCACGGCUUUGCGAUUGGGGGAAAGUUAUCCGGGCUUUGUGAAUGGAGAGCAAAUCACCUGAACAUGGAGACAAAUGUGGGUUUGGACUGAAAGGCUUCCUGUUGUGGUUUCCUAUUAAAAGCUUUGGGUCGAA